AUGGAGGUGCAGGACAGGAGCCGCUCCCCUUCCCGUAGAACCAGCCGGGUAGAGCAGGUGGUGGGACGAUGGCUGAGGAGGUCCCGAGACCUGGGCAGCAGGUCUCACUCUCUGAGCAGAGAGCGUGUUGGAGUGGACGGGAAGUCAGAGUGCAGCGGCUCCGAUCAGAGGAAUUACCCCUUCCGCUUCAUCGUUCAGAUCCAACGGGACCUGGACCUCAACUCUCACGGCCUCACUCUAUCCUACACCACCCCCAUCCUGGUGCAGGAGGUCACCCCAG